GGAAAACAAUUAAUUUUACAAGCAAACAAAAAGAAUAUAUCUAAAAUUAAUUCAUCAACCAAAUAUAAUGAUACUUUAGUUUUUGAUUACAUUUUUUUUACUAUUUUCGACUGGUAAAUUAGAAUGUUCUCAUAAUAUUUUAGAAGCUGAUGAGUUGCACUUAUACUCUUAGGUUUAAAGCUUAGAGUUACCAAAUACGCUGAUGCGCUGCGACGAAUCUAUACAUAUUUGUUUUAUUUAUUCGUCUAUGAAUUUAACUUUAAAUUUAUAUGAUUUUUUCAGGUUUGAAAUUAUUCAAAGUGUUCCUAUCGAAGAAAAAUAUGUGAAAGAAAUUCAUAUAUAAAAGCAUGAAGAACAGCUAUUUAUUAUCUUGGAAUCCGAAUAAAAUGAAUUACUAGUUUAUACCUUUGAUUUCUAGAUAUAAAAUUUUUCAACAUAUUAAAAACUAAAUGAUUUUGAUCUUUAAGUUCCUCUCACUCAUAAUACAACUACCGCUUUUUAAUAAGUGAAUCAAACAAAUAAAGUGGAGAGUAAUGUUAGAAAUUUAAGAGAUGAAACCAAAAUAGAUAAAAAAAUUGAGCAACCAUUUAUUUUUCUAAAUCUAUUAAUCAAAAAUAAGGGAUUAAAUGAUAAAAAAUCAUUUUAUUUGAUCAAGAUUAGGCUAAGUUUGAGUAAAUCCAAUCAAAAUAUUUUAUAAGGAUAAAAUUAACAAUAAAAAAAUAAUAAAACUAUUACUAAAUACCAUGAUAUUGAUUUAAGUAGAUUUGAGAUUAGACCUAAAGAUAGCUCCCUUCAUUUUAUUAAUUGCUCUUUAUUAAAUGACUAAUCUUAUGUAAUUUGUGUAGAUAAUACUUUGAAAGUUGGAUUUUUGGAUUUGAGGAGUUUAGAGACUCCGGUAUUUUAGAAACAAAAAAAUUCAGUAAGAUAUCAUCUACCUGAGAUUCCAACAUUUAAUUAUCAUAAAUUAUUUCAGGCAAAUAAGCUUGAGAUUAAUUUCUAAUUAUAGGGUAUUGUCCUAUCAAAAUAAGAAAGCUUGAGUAUUGUUUUAAUUUAUCAGUCUAUCUAGAAAAAAGUAAUCGUCUUUGAUUAAUUGGUCUUUGAUCUUGAUUAGUAAACGUUUACUAGCUUAAGCAGACAUGUUGUGCAAAAUAUGAAUUAAGAUAUUCUGAUAUCUAAGCUAUUUUAAAACUAAACAUCUUUGAAAGAAAGUUAAACUUAAUUAAAAAAUUGUCUAUUUGAUUUUAAUGAAACUUAAUUUAAAGAGAAAAAGCAAAACAAAACUAACGCAGUUUUUAAAUAAAAAAAUAUAUCUUAACUACUAUUCAGUAAGGCAGAUUCUAAGCAAAUACGUGGAUUUUUUAUAUCAGAUGGGCAAAAAAUUUAGUUUUUUAUUAAGAAUUGCCUGUACUAAAAUGAAUAUUUCGUCUAUCCAAUAUUCGAUUGUUAGAAAAAUAUUGAGUGUGAUGAAUAUAGAAAUUUUAAUAAUUAAGAAAUUUGUUUUACAGAGAAGAGUAAAAAUUCAGGUAAAUUGUAUACUUAAAAAGAUAAUUAAAAAAAACAAUUGAAACUGAUAAAGCGCAUAAAUAUUCGCUACUAGACUUCUUUAAACUUGGAGGAGUUUAUCGAGUAAAAUAAGUCAGAGAUAGUAUUUUUUCUAUUAUUGUUGAUAUGCGUAGGAUGUUUAUGUCAAGAAAAUAUCUAAGAGUGUAUAAAAAGCUAAAAAAAUAAAUAUUGUAAAGAUCAAAGUGAUUUAAGUCAAUAUAAUGGCACCGUAGAUUAACCUUAACCUAAAACAAAUAAUGCGAUUUAGUUUGAAUAAAAAUUUUCAAUUGAAAAAUAGGAUGAUUAAUCUGAAUAUUUUGUGGUUUAACCAAGAUAAAUUGCUAACAACAAAAAUAUGAGUAGCUUCUCAAGUGAUAUUGAAAAUUACUCAUUAGAAGACUUGUAUAUGGAGAGGAAUUUUUCGACUAACAAAUUACAAGUGUAAAAUAAUAAUUAUCCGAUCUUUGAAAAUAAAUCUGCGCAGCUUAAUGAGAUAAUUAGUAAUGCUUAAAUUUAAAAAAAGUAUGUGUAGCAGUAGACUUAAAGCGAUUAAGAAGAUUAAGAAGAGGAAAAAUAGUAAUGCUACAGCUAAUUUAAAGAUAUUCAGGAAUUUUAGUAUAAGCAGGAGUAUUGUAUUGAUCAAUUCCGCUAAUUUCAAAAAAAUAAUUAAAUUUUAAAAAGUUUUUAAAUUCCUGCUUUUGAAAUUGAAAAAGAUAACAAAAAUUAUCAGAAAGAUUUCUUCUUUAAAUUUAAAAACCCACCCCAAAAUUAAUACAAAGGCGUUAGUCAUAAUAACAGCAACUUUUUAUUAUAAUCCAGUAAAUAAAUUCAGGCGGAAAUGCAAGAACCAAACUCACGUCAAUAAACUGAAGUAUUUGACGAUCAUUAGUAACAAUCGAGUGAGCCCUCAUUACAAAAAAAAUACAAAGACUUUUAAUAUACUAAUUCAUAGACUUUGAAAGGAGCUUUUAAUUAUGAAGCAGUAAAUGACAAAAAUAGUAGGCAGCCAUAGGAAAAUAUAUUUAAUAGUUGCACUGCGGAAUCAAUUACUAUUCCUUUAACUAACGAUUAGUAGUUUGUUGAGGAAUAAAAUAAUUUAAAUGAGAGUAAUAUUUAAUUAAAGGAUAAAUUAAGCAACCGUUUUAUUAAGAAAAAUAAUUUUGAAAUUAAUAAAUUUCAAAAUCAGAAUAAUCAGAUUUUGGAGCAGUAGCAUCAGAACGCUUUGAAACAAAUUUAUUUUUAAUUUAAUGACAAGGAAUUCAUCGUUCCAUCAGAUAAUUUAUAUAAUUCCCCUUGCAAUUUUUAAUUAAAGCAAUCGAGAUAAAAUACCUAUGAUCAAGAUAUCUUGCAACAAUAAGAUUAAUAGUAUUGUAAGGCUCCAAAUGCAAAUUAGCUACAAUUAUAGGAUUUUAUAAGUACUUAAUCAAUAGAACUAAGAUUGCUACAAAAAUACAAAUAACUUUCAUCCUAAUCAUAAAUAAUGUAAAAUAAUAAUAUUUAGCCUUUAAGAGAUUAGACACGUGCUAUUCCAUUUACGACAUUCUAAGAUAGAGGCGAUAGCGAUGUAGGAGCUAAAGAGAGAGCAAAUUAUAUUUUAUAGGAUGGCGUUCAAUAAUAAGAUAUUUUUCUUGAUAGUUCAACAAUGGAAGAAAUCGCGUAAGGGCAGAAUUAGUUUUGCAGUAAGGGUAAUUAAAAGGAACAGAAAUAUAGACUUUAAUUUAAGAAUAUUUAAGAUGAAAAAGCUACAAAAUAAUAAUAUUAAAAUAUGAAAUUACAAAAUAAGGAAUCUAAUUAAAGGAAAGGAAGUAACGAGGAAUGUUAUUUGCAAUUUUACUCUCCACAUACUAACAAAUAAUUUAAAAAAUGCAUGCUUAAAAAAUUCAGGCAAGAGCUGGACUGGUUUACAUAAAGCUCUUUCUACUGUUUGACUCCUCACACAAAUUCUGUCCUAUAAAAAAAAACUAAUAGUUAAAAUUAAAAAUUUUUUUGUAAAUGCGAUCCCCAAUAACAAAUUUAAAAAAUUAAUCAAAGGAAAUGCGGCUUUUGCUUAUAUGCACAUAAUAUCAAAAUUUAUAAUUAAUUAAAUUAUGAUUAAAAAAAAUAAAAUCUUCAAAAAAGCUAAUUUUUUUUUAAUUGCAAAAAUAAUUGUAAUUCACGCACUCUUUCUACCCAGUCAAAUAAUAUACACAAAAGUGCAAGCAGCAGACUUUAAAAAGCAAAUUAAACAUAAUAAAAAUUGCUCAAAAAUUAAGUUGAAUCACCUCAGAUUAGCAAUAAUAUACAUUCAUAUUAAAGCUAAUAAUCUCAAUCAUCAUAGGAUAAGCCAAGCGCUUAAGACAGGGAAUAAAUGUGGCACUUGACAUUUUAAUAACAAUCAGUCAACUUUGAAGAAGAAAUAUUAAAUUAAAUGGAGUUAAGCGGCUCUGCAAGUAGCUAAUCUAACUCUUCAAUCCUUACCUCUGACUUCCAAAGUCAAAGAUUUAUGGAUAACUUCUAAGAGCAAAUGGGGGACUGCGUAAAUUAAGAAGGCAAAUAUGACCCCUUUUUCUAUACAUCCGAAACUAAUGAUAAAUCUUUCUUCUCCUCUACUUCUAACGAAUACGGCGACACCGUCAAAAAAAUUCGUCACAUUAAUAAUGAUUUAAAAUAACAAGAAAUAUUUGAUAUCAAGGACUUUUAAUUUAUUAGCGAAAACUUAUUUGAGGAAUCAUAAGAAGUAAAGAAAUAGAAGGAUAUGAACCACAUUCUUUUUAAUAAUAAUUUGAAUGCCUCUGAUAUUUUUGAUAAAAACGAUCAAAUAGAUACUUUACAAAAAAUGACUUAAUAAAUUAGUAACCAUUUUCUCCUAAGCAUUAACAACUUGCUCAAUGAAUCUAAGAAUAUCUGAAAUCAACAUUUUUGAAUUUAUUCAUUGUAAAUAACAAUCAACAAGUGUAUGAAAAAUAAUUUUACUAACAAGUAGUAAAUAAUCUUUAUUUAUAGAACUUUCUCUCUCACUCUUCUUCUCACUCUCAAUAAUAAAAACAAACAAACAAACAAACACCAUGUAUAAAUAAUAUAAAAAAACAUUAUUAUUAUCAAACUAAAUAAAUAAAUAAUUCUAUUAUUCUAUUCAAAUACUUAUUAAUUAAAUUAUCUAUAUAAAUUGUAAAUAAUUUUACUAAAUAAACUCAUGUUUUCAAAACAAACAAAACCUUAAACAUUAAUCAAACUUAGAUUUAUUUA